CGGAUGAACUUGACAGAAUGAACGGGAAACGUUUUGUUCCGUCCCCCCGCAUCUGCGUUUAUCCAGCAGCCGUCGACUUUAAAGAUUACUUCAUAACUAUUUCAUCAUAAGUGCAUUUAUUUCUUCACAAUACGGAAAUGCGACGAACUUAGUCAUAGGAGGACGCUUGAAAUCACCGAGGACAGUGUUCAGUAUUGAUGUCCGUUACAGCGUGAACAUGUCGGAACCGAGAGUAAAGCGAAUAAAAACUUGCCUUCCCCUCUGUAAAACACAUGUAACUUCUGAUGCGAGUCUGGCGAGGCAAAACUUCCCGAUUGUUGUGGAGGAAAGUCUGUGUGGAGUUUCCACUCUGCUUAUGGAGGUCUCUUACAGACUGGAAGCGCUGGCCAAAAUCUUUGAGCAGAGUGAUCUGGCUUUACCCAGAGUAUCUGCGUAUUUUCAUCAGGAAUCAGAGAAGGAGCUAAAGCAGGCAGAGGCAAUGCUGCAGUAUCUGUCUCAGCGUGGAGGAAAAUACUGCAAUAAGAACAUCCAGAGGCCAGGCACUGAAGAGGUGUGUGCCAUUCUUCCCGCUGUGGAGAUGAUGCUUAACCAGUGGAAGGAAGAGAUGAGUGUCAUGCUGGAGCUGAUUCAGCUGGCACACGAGUACGGGGAUCCACACACCGCCAGCGUAAUCAAAAGUCAGUUCAUUCAGCCCCUCGUCCCAAAGGUCAAGCUCAUCGGUGACCUCUUGACCAGCGCUCGCAGAGCGGGCUGCACCAAUGACAGCACGGGUGGCUUUGGCGAGUAUCUCAUCGACCGGCUGCAGGAGACAUUGACGAAUGCUUAGAUUUCCUGUUUGUGAUCAUUUAAGAACCAUGAUCGCAGUUCAAAAAGUGAUUUUUACUAUAUAAUAUACUAUUUCAGUUUUAUGUUUAAUUCAGUGUUACUUGUCAUUUCUUUGUAAUUAUUUGUGAAAUGCACUAGCCUAAAAAUGUUUAAAAGUAAAUGCUACACCUAAUUUUUUUUCAGUAUAUGUCUUUGGCCUAAUAUCUUGUACAGAUAAAUGGAGGAUAGACUGAGAGAGAUUACAUAUUGGUCCAAAAAGGAAAAUAAAGUGCAGACAUGCACUGUCAGUAGUACCAGUUUUGUAUGUAACAACUCACUCCAGUUGUAGCUAGUAUUUUAAUAUCAUUCCAGUUAAAUCAAGAUAUUUUUCAGUGACAGCUUUUUAAAUUAGCGUAUCGCAUUUGUACAGUAUAUGGAACAUUGCAUUGGCCUGUUUAUCUUGUUUGUGAGAAUUUUAUUUUUAUUUCUUUUACAAAACCUACUUUUGCCUACUUGUGUUAGCAAAAAGUAAAUAUACUUUACAUGUACAUGUCUUUGUUUGGUGAGCACUGCUUCAAAUGAAAAUUACAUAUUUGUCUAUAUAUAUAUAUAUAUAUUUUUAUUAUAUUUUACCUUUGACUUUUGAAUAUUAUCCUGCACUGACUUUAAUAAACACUGUCCACAUUUUA